UAGCUAAAUUGCAGCUAAAUUCUUGUGUGCUUGUAAAGAGGGUUGGGUUUGUCGAGGGACUCUCAAUUAGAUCAUUUUCAGAUGUCGAAUCGUUGAGAAAAUUAUCCCUAGAAACCCUUGAAAUUUUUCCGGAGGUUGAACUUGUUGGCAUCUUUCCAGACCUUGAAGAACUCAAUGUAUCCCCCCUCAUGAUGGGCACUGCAGUGGAAAGGGGGAAUGAGCUGGAAGAGAAGGUAGGAGACUUGAUGUUUCCAAAACUGAAUAAUGUGUAUACGGAUCUUCCAUAUCUUGAAGGAGAAGAUGAAUUAACCAUGGAUCUUUUACGUCAGGAUAGGGAAGAUGUAUUAGCCAGGUUAGAUUUCCUCCUGAGGAAUUCUCCUUUGUUGAAAAAUUUGACACUAAAUCUGUCAUACUGCUUUGAAAGUUUUAAAAAUCAAUUACUAGGCUUGAAAAGAGGAUCUGUAGAAAUAAACAUACUGAAUGAGAACAAGGAUGAAAGGGAACAUGCAAUGGUCGGUGAAGGUCUUGAUAGAUGUGGGCAUUUCUUGUAUGAGAAUGAAGUAGAAGAUUCAGAGGAUGAGAAUGAAGUGGAAGGUUCAGAGGAUGAGAGUGAGAUUUAUGAUGUGGACGAUUAUGAGUGUUAUGAAAAUAGUAACGAUUAUGAAGUUUUUGAGGAUUAUGAUUAUCCUAGUGGAUAGAUAGCUGCACUACAUAUCCUUUUAGAUAGGCCAUUUUAUCUUUUUGAGUGGGUUUUAUUUGCUCAUGUAUUGUGAUAAGAUCUUAUUUGUGUUCUGGUAUUUUAGAUUGUGUUGGGAGUUAGUCAGUUUAUAAAAUGAUGUUCUCAGGGCAAUGCUUACCAUCUGGAAUCUUUCAAUAUCUGUUAUCCCUCAGAGCACAUGGGAUUAUGCAGGUCUAGCCUCCUCCAGUAUAGGUGGUUCAUAGUUUUCCUUCUAAGAUGGGCGAUGGGUGGGAGCACUCUCUAUCAGUUUGAUCUACCAAGGCCUAGAACUCUAUGUAGCUAACUAAUAUGGGACUGCAGGGUGGACAGUUGGUUUAUUGUUUGGCAGUUUCUCUGCUAUUAUGGCUGCUUCACAGUCGCCUACACGGUACUGUUUUGAAUGCUGUAUAGCCACCUUAAUUUGGGUUUUUGCUGCUCUAAUUUCAGGCACUAGUAUCGUUGGAAUGUUGUUGUUGAAUGAGUCUCUUUAUGUUAAUUGAAAUAUUUUAAAACUUUUUCAGAA